AUGGACGAGGUGGUCAGAAGGAUCUCGACUCGCCUUGGGACAGCUCCAAAGGAGACAACAGACAUGAUUGCCCAGGCGCUUGGGGACCCGAUGUAUCAGGAAAGACUGGUUGAAAUCCUUGGGUAUGAGAUGAUGGACGAGAUCGAGAUGAUCUGCAUGAACCAGGGCUACUUUGUGCCGAGUGAGGAGGUGGUGGACAGGGGCUUCUAUGUAGAAUACAGCUUUCCAGAGUCUGUUCCCAUGGAAGUUGAUGCCUCGGAGAUCGUUUACACCGAUGCCGUUGGGGAAGACAAGCAGUACUUCGACCACGGGGCCUUCAACGCGGUUCAGUCCAGGGUGUUUAAGCCUGCAUACAGGAGUGACGGGAAUAUGCUGGUAUGUGCACCAACAGGCUCUGGAAAGACGGACGUUGCCCUUCUAUGCAUUCUCAGGGCGCUGAAGAAGGGCGACAAGGUUGUCUAUGUAGUUCCGAUGAGGGCGCUUGCAACGGAGAUAGCAUUGAAGUACAAGAAGAAGCUUGGAGGGCACAGGGUUGUGGAGUACACUGGCGACACUGAGGCAGGAGCUGAGGAUGUCAUGAGAUGUGAUGUUGUGGUAUCCACGCCGGAGAAGUUUGAUGUUGCAACAAGAAGGCAGCACAGUGUAUUCCAGGGAAGAAUUGGACUUGUUGUGCUUGAUGAGAUUCACAUGCUCCAGGACGACCGGGGGCCCGUUGUGGAGACGAUUGUGUGCAGAGUGCUUAGACACGUAGAGCUUGGACAGAGGCUCAUACGCAUCGUAGGACUAUCUGCAACACUCCCCAACUAUGAGGAUGUCGGCAGAUUUCUGAGAGCAGAGCAUGUGUUCAGCUUUGAUCAGGGAUACAGGCCUGUCCCGCUGAAGAUGUCUGUCAUCGGGAUGAAAAGGAAGAGCAAGCCCCAGCUUGAGGACGAGCUUCUGCAGGAAAAGGUAAGGGAGUAUCUAAGCAAUGGGAAACAGGUUCUGGUGUUUGUACAUUCCAGGGGGGACACCAUCAGAAUAGCCAGGCUUCUGGGCGAUGAAGGCGAAAGAAGAAAUGUGAAGGCUGGGACCGUGACGGGUGCACUUCUAGAGCUGGUAAGGAGAGGAGUUGGGGUACACCAUGCCGGCCUUCCCCGAAGAAUAAGGCUGUACAUGGAAGACGAGUUUAAGAGGAGGGGUGUCAGGGUACUGGUUACGACGUCGACCCUGGCCUGGGGAGUGAAUCUCCCGGCAUAUGCAGUGAUAAUCAAGGGAACAAGGUUCUACGACUCCUCAAAGGGAGGGUUUGCUGAUGUGGGCAUUUUGGAUGUGCUGCAGAUAUUUGGAAGGGCUGGAAGGCCUCAGUUUGACAGCAGAGGAGAGGGAUGCCUGAUAACGACAGGAGACAAGAUGGACUACUAUGUAUCUUUGCUCAAGAAUAGCAGGGAUGUGGAAAGCAGGCUGCUCCAGCAUGUUGCGGAUGUGAUGAAUGCCGAGAUAUAUUUGGGCACUAUUGAGGAUGUCAGCACGGCAGUGGAGUGGCUGAAAAGCACGUUUAUGUAUGUCCGGAUGUCCAAGAACCCGAUGUACUAUGGACUGAGCAGAGAGGACCUGUAUGAUGAGGAGAGGGCCUUAUCGGACUAUGGUAUUCUCACCUGCAGAAGGCUGGAGGAAUGCGGGAUGGUGCGGAUAUAUAGACAGGUGGCUGGCGAUUCCAGGACAUGGAGGUUCUGUAGCACAGAAUAUGGAAGGGUUGCCAGCAUGUACUACCUGUCCCAUGAAACGAUGGAGAAGUGGCUGGAAGACAUAGGAAACGUGUACGAUGAGGACUCGAUACUUAGGCUUUGCUUUGAGGCCCGGGAGCUUUCGGCGCUGAGAUGCAGAGAUGAAGAUGAGGAGAGCAUUAAAGAGCUUUGUGAGGACUUAGGGAUUAAGUAUGAGGUGUCUGUAGAAUGCAAGCUCAUGGCCCUUGUGAAGGCCCACAUCAAAAGACAUCCCGUGACACGGUUUUCACUCAUGUGCGAUGGGGAAUAUGUCAUCAAGAACCUUCGAAGGAUUCUGAUGGGGCUGUGCCAAGUCCUUAUGUUCCAGGGCACCCAUCUGCUUGUUGUCAGAUGUAGCAUACUACUGAAAAGAAUAGAGAGGCAGAGAGAAAGGCCAUGGGAUGUCAACAACAAGCUCACGGUAAGUCUUUCCAGAGCUCUUCAGAUGGUUAGGAUGGAGGUUUCUCUGAAACACCAAGGGGAGUACUGGGUGUUUGUGUGGGAUGGAGACUCGCCUAUCUACUCGGGCCUCUUUGGACAGAGGGCCGACUCGUUUAUAAAGACGGAAUCUGAUGUGCUAAGGAUCGAGGUUGUUGCUAGGGACGAGUGGGCAAUGACAGAGGGGAAGUAUGGAGUUGCCAGAGAUCCAAGCCUAAAAUCGCUGUACCAUAAUGGAGUGCAUGAAUGCAGCCGGCCGUGGUCUGUAGCGGGGGAGAAGUCGAGCUGUGCUCAUUUCAAUAUCAUAGAACUGUUUUCUGAUCUUCCGGAGAUGAUCCGUCGGUGGAGAUUGGAUAGCAAUAAUGUCUCCGAGCCCAGGAGGUUGAUUCUGACGAACAGGAGGGCUGAUUUUCUUGACGCAAGGAGGAAAAAGAAUGCCUACACCACCUCGGGCCACGAGGACGAGUUGAAUCUUGCCGGGGUGAGCAUGAUGGAUCUAAGACCAGGUGUCCCCUCAGGGCCUGCCAAGUAUAUUCUCUGCGAAUUCUCCCUCCACAUAAGGUUUGUGCAAAUAGACUGCAAGUUGUUCAGGGAAAGGCUAAGGUUCAUGAAUUCCUGCAUCCUGUCGAUGAGCGAGUAUGAAAGCAGAAGGGUUGUCGUAAUAACGCCUGACGUGGCAGACAUGAAGGGUACGGCACAGGAUCUCAGUACCCGGAUGUUUCUGAAAGGGAUAUCCAAUGGAAGAUGCGACGUGAAGGUGAGAUGUGGAGUCCCCGGCAGGAGAGAUACUGGAGUGUUUGUAACCACCUUUGACAGGGCCAUAGGCAUACAAGGAGACUUUAUGGUUGUCCUCAAGGGCUGCUGCAACUCUGAUGGAUAUUUUCCUGUGUUUGAGGUGCUGCGGAUGUGCGACUCAAGAGAGGCAUAUAUAUGCGAGAGCAGGGACUACAUAGAGUACUUCAAUUGCUGUAUAUUAAACAAUGCCUGGGAAGACUAA